AUGGCUUGUCUGGCCACUUUGAAACGAGACAUUAAACUACUUGAAGCUGCAUUUCCAAAAGCUCACGAACGAUUUCAAAUUCUAUCAGCUUCCGUAGACGAGCUCGCCUGCCGUUUCGUCGGACGGGAAGGCGAAUAUUAUGAUAUUCAUGCCAACAUAACGGAAACUUAUCCACAAUCUGCUCCAAUAUGGUUUAGUGACAUUGAAGAUCCUAUGAUAACCAGUGCGAUUGAACACUUGUGCAAUGCCACUGCUGAUAAAUACACAAUAUUAGAUCAAGUGAAGAUAUUGUUAACGCAGCUUUGCUCACUUCAUAAUGUACCAGUUCCUUUUGAGGUGACAAAUAUUGAUAGAGACUUGGCAGCAAAACGCCAUGCCACUCGAACCCAACGGGAAGACUCUGAUGAUGAUGAAGAGGAAUUCCAUUAUGAAAUGGAAGAGGAAGUUCCAGGUGAAACAAAGAACAAAGAAGACAUUGAUGGUAUAGAUGCUGGUAACUUGGUUGUUCUUGAAAAAUUGAAGCAGAACCAAAGGCAAGAUUAUCUGAAGGGCAAUGUAUGUGGAUCAGUGCAGGCAACAGACAGAUUGAUGAAAGAAUUGCGAGAAAUUUUCCGAUCUGAAAGCUAUAAGAAGGCAAUCUAUACAAUAGAUCUAGUCAAUGAAUGUUUGUAUGAAUGGAAUGUGAAAUUGUUCAAAGUUGAUCAAGAUAGUCCACUACAUGCAGACCUUAUAACUUUCAAGGCAAAAGAAGGCAGAGAUCAUAUACUUUUGAAUUUCACUUUCAAAGACACAUUUCCUUUUGAUCCUCCUUUUGUUCGAGUUAUCAAUCCUGUCAUUUCUGGUGGAUAUGUGCUCAGCGGAGGAGCCAUCUGCAUGGAACUCCUUACAAAGCAGGGUUGGAGCAGUGCCUACAGUAUAGAAUCUGUUAUACUACAAAUAGCUGCAACUUUGGUGAAAGGAAAGGCACGAAUAAACUUCUCUGCUUCUAAAAAUCAAUAUAGCUUGGCCAGGGCUCAACAAACAUUCAAGUCUUUGGUGCAAAUUCAUGAGAAAAAUGGAUGGUUUACACCGCCAAAAGAAGAUGGUUAA